GUACUUCCGGGUCGCAAACGGUUUUUGACUUGUAGCUAUGUUGACGUACAGCGUCAGGAGAAGCCUGCUAUCUGGACAAUUCAGCAUGUUUAAAACUUUAAAUCACAUGUGUUCAGCCGUGUACGUGCAACUAGACAGAGGACGGUGUGACAAAAGCGGAGGUGAAACCAAAGAGGAGGCCGAAGCGGUGCUGGCGCUGUGUGCGGACAGGGGGUACAUCCGUCACGCUGACUCGGAGUCGUGGAGGCGCGGGGUGAGUUCUGGGUUCGGUCCCCUGGGUGCGGAGCUGAAGAGGAAUCUGCUCGAGAAAUGGUGGGACUCUGUGGUCAGCUCUAGGGCGCACGUGUUUGGGAUAAGCAGUCCGAGUUGCUCCCCGGACAAGACUGGAUCUGGUCACGUUAAAAAGAUCGACACAAAACAGAUAAUGCAAAUACUGGAGCAACCAGAGCUAAGCAGAGAACAGAUCAUCAAACAGGUGAAUUCAUUUCUGCGGACGUCGCAAGCGCUGAGAACAAACUUUUUCCAAGGUGCCUUGGAACAGUUUGUGCCUUCUUCAGAGCUGGUCAACAGGAAGCUGCCUUUUGGCCUGGCUGAACAUGGAUUGUGCUUCAGAGGACCCUCCUGUGGUUGGCCUGACACUGUCACAAAGACGUCUCUAGUUUGGUUCUGUUCUCCUCGUACAUCCUCCCAGUGGUUAGAUUUCUGGGCACGACAAAGGCUCCAGUGGUGGAAAAAAUUUGCACUUUCCUCGUCAGACUUCAGCAGCCGUGAUGUUCCAGGGGAGGAUCUGCAUCUACCAGCAUCACGCGGGGUCAAAAUAAUGUAUAAUUUCCCAUGGGGCCCUGAGUCUCUGGAAAUUUUGUGGAGCAGAGGAGACACUGAACUACUACAGGCACACAAUGGAGCCCGCUCGAAACUUCAUUGUCGCGACGGACAAAAGUCGGUGCCUCAUGUUAUCACAGUAACUGCAAACAUGGACCAAGGUGUCAUGGCUUUUCUGUUUAACUCGCUACAACAACAGAAGAAAGAAGGCAGCAAGAGGAAGCUGCAUCAGAAGGUUCUGAAGUUACAUCCAGUCUUGACGCCAAUCAAAGUGGCUUUGGACAUUGGCAGAGGGUCCACAAUGGAGCUGCGGCAGGUUUGUGAAGGCCUACUUCAAGAGUUGCUUGAUUCUAAGAUCUCUGUGUGGCCUGGGUAUCUUGAAACAAUGCCAAUGUCACUGGAGCAGCUCAAUGCCAGGUAUGAUGAGAUGGGGGUGUUAUUCACCACUGUGAUAAAUGAAAACACUCUAGAAAACGGCCUCCUUCGGGUCCGCAGCAGGGACACAACAGUCAGAGAGACUAUGCACAUUUCAGAGAUCAAGAACUUCUUGUCCGGAUAUGUUUCUGCUGCUCAGCACACCUGAAAAUGUUUAUAGUGUUUUUACUUUAAGAAAUAAAAGUAAUUUACAACAAAGUU